UGCAUGUUGUUAUGUUAAUAUGUAUGCAGGACGUUCAAAUUACUGCAAAAUAUACAACGUACAUGCAGUGCAGUUAGUCAAGCUUAACCAUCAAGAUGAGGUUUGUAUUUGUACUAUUAGUAGCAGCAGUUCACUGCAAACUUUCCAUUGGGAAAAGUCAUAUGCAAUGCAGUCGUUCUGUGGAACUUCUUAUUCAAGUUAAUGGACCACUAUGCCUAAAUAUUUGUCGCGAUGCUCCGAGAAAUAUCUUGAGAGACUAUAUUAUAGACAAUUGUAACUUGAACUCAGGAGGGCCUUGCGUAAUGAUUAUUAAUGUAACAGACAUUCAGAGAGAAUCUUGCUCUCCGGUCAUAACACCACCAUGCUCGACUACAACAACGGUCAUUACACAGUAUUCAGGUAUCACACCAACAAACUGUCUACAGUCUACACACACCAAGGAAAUGUCUACAACAGCCACUAUGAUGCCAGCUACUGGAGGAGACUCAAACAGUAGUCAAGUGAUACUAGGAGCAUUCAUAGCUGUACUAGCAGCACUGCUGGUUGCAGUAACUACAGGAUGGAUAGUCACUUGUGUGGUCAACAGAAGGAAAGAUGAAGCUUCAACUACAAGUAACAAAGAUAACGCUGUACAAAACCCAGUGUACGAUUCCGAACAUGUCCAACGUUACCAAGGCAAUCCACCAGCUCGUAUACAGACAGACUACAGCUCACAGGGUCCGGCCUACGAACAGGUCAGGGUUGACACGGCAACUAACUAUGAUGUCAUCGAUCGCAGCCUACCAACCACACACCCUGUCCCUAUAUCUGACCAAGACUACAGUUCUAGUACAUUGGAUAUUGACGAGCAAGAGCAUGACUAUUAUGUGCUAGAGUCCACCAAUGCAGGGGGUCCAACAGCUGUGGGGGAUCAAGAGCAUGACUAUCAUGUCCUAGAUUCGACCAAUGCAGGGGGUCAAGAACCUCAAGACUACGAGAUACCACUCAGAAAGAUAUAGUAGCUACGUAAGAGACAGUGUGUGUUUGCAAUAGAAACUAAAAGCUAACUCAACAGUUUAUAUAAACAAAUUAUCAUAAUUACCGUUGCACAAUGUUUGCGGAAUGACUGCUUACCGGAAGCCACGCCUUUAAAUCUUUGCACGUUAUAGCAGGUAAUUCUAAUUAAAGAACAAUUUUCAGUGACUUAAUUUUCGUGUAGGAUUGCU